AGAACCAAAGUUUUCGCUAAACAUGGCCAGUUUUGUCAAAAUCGACGGCCAUCUAAAAAUCUUCGUUGGCGCUUUAUUUCAAAUUUUAGGGCUAGAGUUUAGGGCGGGGAGAAUGGAGGAGCAAGAGCGCUUCGAUGUGGAGUACCUCAAGAGCACGGUCGCGGAGGUUCUCGCGAAGGGGUGCGCGGCGGUGGUGGCGGCGGAGCCCGGCGAUCCGGUUGCGUAUCUCAGCCUUUGGCUCCACAAGUACGUAGACAAUGUGGAGGUUUUGGAGCGAUUGAAGAGGGAAAAGGCUGUGGAGAAGCAGCUAGAAGAGGACCAAAAGGCCGUGGAGGUCGUGAGGAAGGAGCGCCUGGAAUUCUCCAAAUCAUGGAGGGAGGAUACUCUCAAGGCGUUGCGAGGGAUCAAGAAUGAUCCUUAUCUCUUGUGGAAGUCCACAUUAGAGGCCAUAUCAAUUUUCACUGGUUGCAGCUCUGCCUAUGUUGCAGCAGUCGCUGAGAAGAUGUGGGAGCCUAAGCCAGAUCCAAAACCAGAGGGCGAAGAAGGUGAGGAGGGUGAAGAGCCUCCGCCAGAAGAGGAAGAAGAGGAAGAGCCGGAGCCCGAGCCAGAACCAGAGGAGGAAGAGGAAGAGGUAGCUGAAGAAGGCGGCGGAGAAGGCGGAGCUGAGGGUGAAACGCCAGAAGGUGGUGAAGCUCCACCGAAGAAGAAAAAGAAAGAAAAGCCUCCCAAGCCAAUCAACUACAAGAAGAAGAUAUUGAUCUACACUGCUGCUACUCGAAGGAGCUUGUUUAUCCUCAACAAGCAAUACAACAAGAAGAAGGUAGCUAAUGAGUUUGGAGCUUGGAUGUCUUCAACUUUGCGUUUAUUUCUUCAGGGUCCUGUAACUUUUAGGAUAUUGUUGGAACUACUGCCUCAACUGCACAUCCCGAAUGUGUUGUACCAAGAAAACAUGCAGUUCUUCGGUGCUGUUCCAAGGCUGGGCGCUUAUUUUGCAGUUCCAUUGGUUAUCAAUACAGUCCCUCCUGAGAUCGUGGCCAUAUUGUGCGCGGACACGUUGAAAGGAGACGAGUAUGGCACUGCGAAACCUUUUGACGAUUCUGAGAGGGACUUCAUUUCAAGAGCUGCUACAAUCUUGGGGAAAGUGCUGGCCGAAAACCACGUUGAAAACAUAAAAGACUACAAAACUGAGGAACUAAUGGCCCAACUCAAAGAGAAGCUGAAGCAGAUAGAAGUUGACAGAAAGGCGGCCUUGAAAAAGGAGAAGGCGGAAAAGCUGGCUGCAGAGAGAGCUGCAAGGAAAGCUGCUAGAGAGGCUGCUAAAGAGAAGGCCAAGGCAGAAGGUAAGGAUGAAGAAGAACCGGAAGAACCGGAACCGGAACCGGAGCCAGAGCCAGAACCAGAGGCUGCUGAAGAAAAGGGUGGUGAAGGAGGUGAAGCUGAAGAAGAGGAAGAGAAGGAGGAAGAGGAAGGUCCUCCUGAGGAAGAAGCAUCACCAGAAGAAGAACCAGAACCUGAAGAGCCAGAAGAACCCGAAGAGGAGCCACCAGAAGAAGAGUCUCCUGCCGAGGGUGAAGUUGUCGAUGAGAAGCAAAAGCUCUUGAAGACUUUACAGCGGGACAUUGCGAAAGCUAAGAAGAAGAUUGAAAAGCUCGAGGCAAAGAAUGCCAAAGCCAAGGAGGUUAUGGAGAAGAAGGCCGAGACUGUUGCAAAGCUGGAAGACGAGAUGGCUGUAUCUCAGUCACUUUUGGGCCACUUACAAAACUUGCUGGGUGGUGUGAUGGAGCUUAUCAACGGAAUUCAGGACGUUGAAAGAAACCGUAUCAUACGGUGGUGCUUUCCUCCUACAAAUGUCUAUCGUGUUUUGAAGGGAAUGCUCCAUAUUCUUGGACACGAAAGGAACGUUGUGGACUGCUGGGUAACCGCGCGCGAAAGUUUCAAGUGCGACUUUUUCAAAGUUAGUUCUCCCCGCCCCAAUACAUUUUAAAAGCUAGCACCACCAAAAUGUGAGUCCUCGGAUGCAAUGUGCUAAGAACGAGGAUGCACGAACGUCGUGCUAAUAACACUUGUGCAGGAGCUACAAGAAUACGAUGCACUCAAGGAGGACAACCUGGACAAAUGGAAAUAUGGCAAGAAGUGCUUGGAUGAGCUCAAGGACGACAUGAUGAAGGCAGACCCUCCUAUGGGAUUUGUAAGUUCCUACCUCUAAAAAGAGGUGUUUUGCAUUUCUCUGAUGCGAGCCACGACAGCUUGGGAGGCGCUGGCUACUUGCUGUGAAGAAGUUGAUGACGGCAGGCGUCAAGCAUAAGAAACUCACUCGAAAGACUGAAGCUGCAACGCUGGUGUUCGCUGAGGCACAACUCAAACAAUUGGUUGCAGAGAUGGAUUUAAAAGUGGUUCAGGAGGAGGAUGCCAGGCUGACUGCUGAAGA